AUGCGCACCUGGCUGUUGAAGACCGCCUACAGUUGCCUGGUUUCGAAAGCGAAAAUCACGCCCGGCGAGCAGAUCACGAUCAAUUACGGCUACGAACGGAAGGACGAUUUCCAGUUUUUCGCGCAAUACGGAUUUCUACCGCAAGGACGAAGGAGGAGUAUUCCGCUUCCGAGAGCGGAAAGCGGCGAGGCAGAAAAACACCCUGUUGCUGCGAAGAACCUAGGUAGGGUGGUAGUUGGUGGAGGAAGUAGCCGACGCAGUACAACUAGAGCUGCAGACGAGGGGAAUAAUAAAACGAAAAAGUUUUUUAGCCGGUUAACCCGCUACUUGGGAAACGCAACAACGGAGGUGUCGAAGCCGGUUGCAGGGAGGGGAAGUCCAGCUCUGGUGGGGACAGCAGGAACCAGAAAAAACACAACUAACAUCACUAAAGCACCCGCGGAAAAAUAUCCUGAUCAAGCGACAAAGACACGUCUGCAGCAAGCGAGCUCCUCCUCGUCUCAACAACAAAAGCGGACUAGACCAUAAAAUAAACCUUUUCAGCGGAAAAACGUCUUGGCACUACAGCUUGAUAAAAACGGAGAGGAGGAGGUUGUGGAGGUAAAGGACAUGUACAGCAGGGCUUGGCUCGAUGAGGAGUUGAGACGGGUGAUUCUGCCCUAGGAGGGGUUAGAAUAGUUUCUUCGACACUGCUUUGCGAAUAUUUCAUUUUGCGAUUUUGUUUAUACUUUUGAAAAAAGUUUCCUUGGUUUUCACGGCUUUGUUAAGCGUUUCAUUUCACGCCAAACUGCACCUGACACGGAAGGAACGAAUAAUCUGAAGUUGCAAUUCCGACCUUUGUUUCAAAUGAACCAGUUUCAAACUACAGAAGUGCCUAGUUUCUUCACACCGUAUUCGAGCGAUUGGAAUAACAGAACUUCUACCUGAU